AUGAAAUAUCCUAGGACGGGAAGGAUAAUUUUUUUUGAUGAAGGGGUUGAUGGUUUGAUCGUAGCCUUCCUUCCGGAAGUGGGUCUAAAAGGACCGCUUGAGACUCCGAUUGGAAAAGGACAUCGUUCUUUGAAUCUUGCUGUUCGUAAGGAAUUCAACUUGUACGCUAAUGUGCGUCCAUGUCGAUCACUUGAAGGACACAAAACUCUCUACGAUAACGUAGACGUUGUCACUAUUCGUGAGAAUACGGAGGGAGAGUACUCGGGAAUCGAACACGAAAUAGUACCUGGUGUUGUGCAGUCUAUCAAACUCAUUACCGAAGACGCGUCACGUCGUGUUGCAAAGUAUGCGUUUGAAUAUGCUCGACAAAAUUCACGGAAAUACGUCACAGCUGUUCACAAAGCUAACAUCAUGAGAAUGUCAGAUGGACUUUUCCUAAACAUCUGCCGUGAACAAGCACAGAAAUAUCCUGAUAUAAAAUUCAAGGUGAGUAUAUGAGC